GAGUUUAUAAAAGUGUGCUUGGAUCUCGUGCACGAUUUGUUUAUGUUUCGUUUCUGCUCCUAGAAGUUUAACGAGCGUGCGUGUGUGCGUACGUGCGUGCGUGAACUUCACUUUGCCAAACUGCAAGUGCCAUCAUGACCCCGCUUCUCUCAGGUGCAUGUCGGGAUGUGAAGUCUUUAAAGCGGCCUUUAAACCAGCGCUCCUGCAGGACGUGAACUACAUUUCCCAGCGCACCCCGCGCGUUUUCGUCCUCCUCUCCUUCCUUCCUGCAGCCUCGGCCCUUCUGCCGUGAAAAAGGAAGAUGAGAAGCUGCGGCGGUCCGCCGACACCGAGCCUGAACCGAGCCUCACUUCCUGCGGAAUGGCGGCAGAGCGGCUGCUGACGGACCGGAGGCCGAGCUCAGCUGCUGUUUUCCGGCCUUGAACCCGUCACGACCGCCGCCGGAGCCUGGAGGAGCCGCCGGAGCCCGGAGGAGCGGCGGGUGGAGCUGCAGGCUGCCGGGCCGAGCCGGGCCGAGCCGUGCUGAGCCCUCAUCAUCUCCCGCCUUGCUGACGAUGCUCAGAUAGCUGCGGACUCAAGCCUCGACUGCACCUCGCCCUGAAACCAGACCCGAUCUCCCCCCGUCCCCCCUUCAGUCUGUCCCUGCAGGCUGCAGCAUGGAGCGCACAGGCAGCAUCCAGCUGGACAUCCCGGACUUCAGUAACUCGGUUCUGUCCCACCUGAACCAGCUGCGUGUUCAGGGCCGUCUCUGCGACAUCGUGGUGAACGUGCAGGGCCAGAGCUUCCGGGCGCACAAGGUGGUCCUCGCAGCCAGCUCACCGUACUUCCGGGACCACAUGUCUCUGAGCCAGAUGAGCACCGUCUCAUUGACGGUGAUCCGCAACCCGACGGUGUUCGAGCAGCUGCUGUCCUUCUGCUACACGGGCCGCCUCUGCCUGCAGCUCGCCGACAUCAUCAGCUAUCUGACGGCCGCCAGCUUCCUGCAGAUGCAGCACAUCAUCGACCGCUGCACCCAGAUCCUGGAGGGCAUCCACCUGAAGAUCAGCCUGGCUGACCUGGAUGAGGAGCCCAUGGAGGAGGAGGCGGCGCGGGGCUCCAGGGGCAACAGGACCCUGGAGGCUGUUGUGCGAGGAGGCGGCCAUCAUGGCGGCCUGCGGCUCCUCGGCCCACGGGGAGGUGCAGAGGCGUGCGAGGCGGUCAGCCCCACUGAGGAGCCGCUCAGCCCGUCGCCGAUGGUGGAGCACAGCGGGCUGGAGGGGGCCGGGGUCGCCGCCGGCAGAGGGGGCAAAGAACCAAUCCUUCGCAUCAACCGGGCGGGUCAGUGGUAUGUGGAGACGAGCAGCGAGCCGGAGCGGACCGGCAGCGCCGAGGAGGGCGGCGGCACGGACCGAGUGAGGAUCAAGACGGAGAGGAUGGAGGAGUGGAUCGGAGCAGGAGAGCACCAGGAGGAUGGGGGGCCGGUGGAGGAGGGGGCCACCGUCAUGAUCGACACAUCUGGACGCAGCACGCUGGUUACGGGGCCUGUGGGAGCACUGGGGGCGCAGAGAGUCCAACCGUCCUCCAGCUUCAGCGAGACAGACAGGUUCAGUCCCACCGGCAGCGUGGUCGUCCUGGCGGAGCGUCAGAGAGCGAAGAGCGAGUCUCCCAGCCGGGCGGACGAGCUGCGACAGCCGAGCUCCCAGGGGGAGGAGCAUGCAGCGUUUGAUAUGGGUGGCUACGAGGACUACCUGAGGGAGCAGGUAGGAGACCGCUGGUUCCGCUACAAUCCUCGACUCACCUGCAUCUACUGCUGCAAGUCCUUCAACCAGAAAGGCAGCCUGGACCGACACAUGCGUCUGCACAUGGGCAUCACGCCGUUCGUCUGUCGCAUCUGUGGGAAGAAGUACACCCGCAAGGACCAGCUGGAGUACCACAUCCGCAAGCACACCGGCAACAAGCCCUUCCACUGCCACGUCUGUGGCAAGAGCUUCCCCUUCCAGGCCAUCCUCAACCAGCACUUCCGCAAGAACCACCCAGGCUGCGCCCCCCAGGAGGCCCACAGCGCCUCCCCCGAGACCACCACCGCCUCCGUCACAUCCAGGGGAGGGCCGAGUGACGAGGCCUCCCCCAGCCAGGAGGAGCCAGAGGGCGGGGGCGGAAGCAGCAGCGGCGGAGGCCAGUACAGUGAGGGUCCCCAGGCCUCGGUCUCCACCACGGGGCCCGACUGACCCCGAGGGAGGGUCACGGUUGGGGUGGGGGGUGACAGACGUAAAGGGCCGUCUGAUUCUGUUGCACCGGGAGCCAACAGGAUGCUGAACCCGCCGGAGUCAAAGCAGCGACAGAAAGGACGCCUCAGAGAACUGAGAUUUUUCCGCUUUAAACCGCAUCUACCUUCACGAACCGAACCGGACAGAUUAAGCUAAAACGAAGAAAUGCCACACACUCCAACAACCUCAUACACCACACGACGCCGUGGUCCUCGUUUGCCUCCGUUUAGUUUAUGUUACAGAUUUCUACUUUUAUAUUUACAGGUGUUACAGGUUCACAGUGCAGCAUCACAACAGUCUGUCUGGUGGAAACUUUGCCAAACUCCUCUGUGCCAGUUUAACGGCUCAAAUUCUUCAUAUUUGCCUUGAGACAAUCUGGAGCAGCGAGGUUAGUGAGAAUAAUCCUGCGCCCUCUUAAAAGUGCCACAGCGGCAUCAAAGAUUUAGCUGCGCAAAAAGGUUCAAUGAGAAAACUAUGACUGUUAAAGUUCAGAUCCAGUGUGAUCGGAGUUUCGGAUCUUUUCCCUGGAUGAAGGUCUCACACUACACAACUUCACACUACUGAACUCCUGUUGUACGCCGUCACCAAGAAAACUAACCGCAUCCGGUUCUCUGUCCUCAAUUACACAACUGACCUGUCAGUCCUGAUCCCAGAUCCAAAAGUCCAGUUUGUAAAAAAAUAACGAAAACUAUUAGAACACCUUCAGGUUUCUUUCUCUGAGAUGAGAUGUAAGAAAACAGGAACAAAGCUUCACAAGGUGACUUGAACCCGACCAAAACCCAAAAAUAUAGAGUUUAGUGUCACAUUAAGAUAAGAUGCUGGAACCGAGCUCAAAAUAGUUCCCGAUACUCAAAGUAAACUGCAGCUUUCCUUCCAACUCUGAGUGAAUGAGUUUGAGAAUGAGCUGAUUGGUGAAUUGUGUCAAAUCACAGUUUAUCAUCUGUAUUAAAUAUUCUAAACGCACUCAGCUAUUAGCAGAGCUUUUGACCGCGUCCCCUGGCGUUUUCCAGUAGGUGACCUGAGAACCGGACUUCGGUCCCGUGAUAACAGGUGGUCGUACACACCCUGGAAACAGGUCAUGGGAUGCAUGUUUGACAUGUUUGUGUCCCCGAGGUGGAGAAUGAAUCUCACGCUUCACGCGGUGAAAGGAUGAAAAGUGAGGAACUCCGAUCACACAGGAUCUUUGUAAAUUUGGCUGUAAAAUGAGUUUAAAUUCUUCCGAUUAAUGUUUGAGUAUCGUGGCAGAUGAACUAGAUUAGAAAGGACCAUCCGGCAGCCUGUUGACCGAACAGACUCACAGCAGGAAAACUGGACGGUGUCCAGCCUCAGAUAAGCUACACAGCUCAGUUACCUCUCAUCACUACGCAAUACAGCUGCUGCACUGCACAGCACCACCGGGGGGCGCUCUGAUCACUCACACAGAGACCUCAGAUAUUUUUAUAUACAAGCAUGUGUUUUGUUUUUCUUGGACACUUUUUUCUUUGCUCUGACAAUGUGUGUGACAGACGACAGAAGCUUAAUGUUCGAGGAGGACGAGGAGACGCAGCGUCGCCGCCGGAUCAGAAAAUUAAUGACGCAUUACAUCUGCUGCACGCCGUAGGUCCUCAUAGGCGGGUCCCGCCGCUCGGCAGCCUUGGUAAGGCCUCCGGGUCAGGUAUUUGGGACUAACGGGAUCAUGUCUCUCUCUGAAUGAACGGGCAGAGAGCCACAACUGCACUUUCUCAAACAGGUGGAGCCACACGAUUGGCUGAGUAUGUUUCCGGCUCGGCUGUUAAAAGCAGGCGAUUGGCUUUUUAGCAGAAGGGGCGGAAUAACCGCCAUCUUUGGCGUUACAGGCUUUCCCUGUAGAGUUAGCGGCGUGUCUCCUCUUCAAACGUCUCUGACGAGAGAGUCAAGAAGUAAAGUCAAGAAGAAGCUUCACUUAAUAAAUAUAUUCAGACAGUUAACAGAACGCUAGCUAGCUAACAACGAUAACAGCUGUCAUCAAAAUGAAGGGAAGUAAUGCUAACAUUAGCUUACGAGCUAACAGACUUUCACGUUCAAAUUGUGAUCCAGCGGCUUAAAGAAAUCUAUUUUUACAGUCAGUUACAAAGACCCCUGUUGCUAAAAGAGCUAAUGCUCAUGACAGCUGCGCUUUGUUUGCUAAUGUUGACAUUUGUUAAGAAAAUCAACAUUAGCUUGCAAACUAACUGAUUUUAAUUCCUACUUCUUUCAGAGCAAUCAUAACCCAUUCAUGCUAAUAUAAUUAGCAUCUGUAUCUAGUAUAAAAUUUUAUUGGACGGACGGAAAAUCAGCAUAAACAAACACAAGCUAAUGUUUCCGUUUAUAAGCUAACUGAUGUUGACUAUUUAACAUUUGUUGGCUUAAUUUUAUGUAUUAAAUUUAUGUAUCAGUCUAGAAGCCAACAGAUUGUUCGCUUACUUAUGAUGUGUUAGCUCACGUUAGCUUGCUACUAUUUAACAAUAAGCUAUUACGCAGACUUUUAGGAAAACUGUGGCGUUUCUACGACCGAUGGUGAAACUUUAUUCUCCGGCGUCUCAUGUUUCAUCCCUGUGUGUCCAGAGAUGGGUCCAGGAUGUGUUUAGCCUAGCUUAGCACAAAGCCUGGAAGCUAACCCAGCUCUACCAAAAGAGAAACAAUCUACCUUCAAACAACUUCCACACUGAUAUGUUGUGACUUUAGCUCGCCAGCUAAUGUUAGCUCGCCAGCUAACAGACAGUGGCACGUGUGCAGGAGAGGUAAUGCGUCAUUAUGUCCGAUGGUUCUGAUCGGGUGGCGACAGGACGAGGAGCCAGAUCCCGUCAGACCAGAUGGAGCUGGACUAAAAAAUAAACCCUCCAGAGGUCAAAGUUCACCUGCUGGAGGUCACCUGGCAACCAAAGGAAAGACGGCGUGGCCAACUUCAGCACUUAUCAGAGAGACGGGAUCAAAGCAGAACUUUUUAUAAAAACAGAACAAUAUAAAAUCACAUAUUAUCAGACAUAUUUAAACUACUAAGAUGUUUUUGCAUAUGAAUAAUGUAAGCUAGGAGUUCAGAUGUUGGCAGGCAGGUAGCACACAGAUCGGCUGUUACUGUUUUUCUACAGAGCUGUGAAUCAGAUUCUCAGUGGACGGUAAACUUUUUUUAUGCAAGUGAAGCCAGCGGCUCUGUCCUCGCUCCGGCUGGCUGGACUCGAGUUUUCCUCUCGCCGCCGCCGCCGCACUCGCUCUUCAGGCAAAACCAGGAACUUUCAGGUAUACAGACUUUCUUUUUAUUCAGUGAAUCGGGACGUUUACCUUUUCCCUACGUAGCAGAACGCUAAACCUCAGUGCGAGCUACACACCGCAGAAAUAAAACUCACCUGUAAAUAAACCCAACAGCAGCAGGUAAGACAUCCCUGAGAGUCGCCGCAGAGGGCGACAAAAACACACAAACCAGGGCUGGGCAAUAUGGAGUUAUGCAGCGUUUCAUUUGACACGGGAAGUCGGGAUUUCUCAGUUCCCAGUCAGAAAUUUCAACUUGAACGCCUAAGUCGUGUUUCCGACUCGGAAAGUCGGGACAACCUCACCAACCCCGACCUCAGAAUCCAAGAUGGCUGCCCCGAGCAUCGACCGCGUGGAAGCUGUAGCGAGAAACUGUUUAUCACACUUGGGAACUCUCCCAUCUGUGGACACGUGGGCAUCAGCCGGUUGAUCCUGGUUUUCAUUCCCAGUUCCGACUUCCGAGGUAAACGGAAUGCAGCAAAUAACCACCAGAAAAUACUGGUUUCUGAUUGGCUGCACAGUUUGUUCAGUGUGACGGUGACCAUCACCUUAAGCUCCAUAAGUCAGGACACCUUGUUGUGUAUUACCGCUCACAUGCCGCAGUAUCUGGUUUAUGAAUAUUAUAUUAAUAUACAUUAUAAAUAUGUUAAGUUGUUUUCAGAAUGCACAAAUAUUCACUUCAGUUUAUUUAGAUAUACAAAUAUAUAUAUAAUAAUUGCAGUUAUGUGCAUAUAAGGCAACUGAAAGGUUUGCACAUGCUGACUUAUGCAGGAAAUAUUAUUUAAGAGGCUGGAAAGCAGCGUUUUGUUACACCUGUAACCACGCCCAGCAGUGAUGUCACCGGGUCCUACACCUGUUCAUCACUGCAGCCAGGUGAGGAGGGAAACCACUGAGGUCAGCAAAAAAAAAAACACAUUAAAGCCGUUAGAUGUUCUCUUUUAUAAUAAUAUUAGCUAAAUGUUCCUCUCUGUCGGCCACUGAUCAAACGUUAAAUAUAAACUUAGCUGCAGAUGUAAAUGUAGAAAUCUGUUUUAGCGAUAUUCAUUUAGAACGAGCAGGAUGUAUCUGAUGCUAAGCUAACAGCUGUUGGUCAUGUUAUCGGCGUCGUGUUUUGUAACUGCUUAAAUCUUCCCAGUUCACAGCGUCGCUACAGCGGUCAGAUAUAAAGGAGUCACGCAGCUUGUUACGCUAGCUUGAGUUUUGUUAUGACACCUGUGCACUUUAACAACAGCUAAUCUUUGUGCUGCAACCCGUUUUAAUUUAGUGAUGUUUUAAAUGUCGGUGCAGCUGAGAGCGGAGCUUCAUUAUUCACUAAAGACAAACAGCCUUCAGAACAUCAGCCCGAACAUCCAGAAAUGUUCAUUUCAUCACAAUAUAAAGAGAGAAAAGAAGGCGUGGCUAAUGCUGCAGGUGAGCUGUCACUCUGAAACAUUUCCGGAUUCAUUCGCUGUGUUCAAACAUUCAGCUGCCGCAGUUUUGACACUAAACCUGCAGAAAACUGCGAAGCGCUUUCUCUUAAAGGAGAAAUCUGGCAUCAGGAUUUCCUGAUGAGUAAAACAGGUUUCACAUGUUGCCCAGCUCUGAGUUAAACACACGAACACGUUCGUCCUUCAGAAGAACAAACAGACCGAAGUGCAGCGAAGGGAAGAAACCAUCACUUCAGAUUUAAUCUCAAAUCUUUUGGCUGCUGAUCAAAUUAUGCAACAAAUUCAACUUGGCCUGAACCGGUCCAGACCGGGUGGCGUCCCCCUUUCUGCACUGAGGUCUUUUUGCUUUCAGUCAUUUCAAGCCAAUUGAAGUCGAGAGGAAGCUGCUUCCAGAUCAGCUCCCGACUUUCCCUCAUUUCAGUUCCAGUUUCAUCUUCAAACUGUGAAAACAGCCCAACCUCGUACAGCAGCGCCGCCCUCUGGUCUUCACGGUGUCUUUGAGUCGGUCGAGUCUCCGAACGUUCACGUUUCUUCAGCUUCAGUCUGAAACUUCUGGCUUUUUUUGUUUGUUUUUUUUACUUUUUACUGCGUGAAUCAAACGUUUAGUAUACGAAUAACCUUGACCACAACAUGCCUAAUUAUAAAUCAUUUAGAUAUAUUCACCUAACGAGAUUACUCUUUACUGUUGAUUCCUCAAAGUAUAUCCUAAUAUAUCAAAGCAGAAAAUGAGUCCAAGAAAAAAAGUUUAGUAAAUUAACUUUUAAUACUGUACAUUUUUUAAAGAGGAGGUACUUAAGAAGUUCUGUAGUAGAAGAACCUGAAAGGUUUUAUGUGAAGAUCUUUUAUGUUGCAUGUCUCUGUUGGUGGAGGGAGGGGGGGGGGGGCGGGUGAGGCCAAAGGUUGAUUAUUAGUUAAGAAAAAUGUGAAGAAGCUUCUUUCACCAUGACCACUAGAUCACUCACAGGUCACAUCUCCUUCAGAGGAAAUAAAGCACUUUAAGUGUCAACCGGCACCGACUCGCCUCUUUCUUCACCAGCACUCGUUACCCACAAUGCAGCUGCACACUCAUAGUUCAUGAAGCGCUGAUGAAGAGUAACUGCAUGGAGUCAGUAACUGAUUACCUGGUUACCAUGGCACCGGUCAGCGGGUGGGAUGUAUUAGGCAGCAGGUGAACACCGUGUCCUCACAAGUUGUGUUUCUUAUUCACAUUUUGAAGCGUCUAAAAAAGGGCGAUGUUCGCUCGAUGUUUUUGGAAAAAGAGCUAACGAGUUAAAUGGAAGACGGGAACAUCUCUGCUGAAUAAGUUCUGCCGUAGCGAACAUUUACCUCACAUGCCGGAUCGGCUGUUUCCGCUGGCGGCGUCUUCCUGGCUGUUGAAAGACAUUUCUGAAGACCUCAGUCAGGUCCAUGAGACUGGAUUUGUUUCUGGUUUGUAACCUUUACUUCUUUAUUACAGCCAUGAAUAAUGUCAACUUUCACUUAAAAUUAGAUGGAAACACGGCUACAGCUGCGUUCAGACUGAUUCCAAACUGGAAAAGAUCAGGUUCCGUGUGACCUGGCCUGUUCUCACGGUCAGAAAAAGAUCAGAUCCGAGUCACAUAUGGGCAAAAAAAA